AACUCUAAAACAUAUAAUACUAAAAUACCUUUACAUAAUCAAAUGACUAAAUACCCAAUUAAAUUUCGUCACCAAUUUUUAAAUCUUUUUAGGUACUAAUGAUAGUUCUCUCUGUAUUUAAUUAAAAAUUUUGACAUGCAUUGCAGAUACCAUUCUUUGCACCACACGCAAUUCAGGACCAAUUACUGUCUCUUCAUGCCAAUCUACGACUACGUAUAUGGCACCAUGGACAAAUCAAGCGAUCCACUUUAUGAAACUUCACUCAAGAGGGAGGAGGAAUCGCCAGAUGUCCUCCAUCUAACCCAUCUAACCACACCCGAGUCCAUCUAUCAUCUACCCCUAGGAUUUGCUGCCUUAGCGUCUAGGCCCUACACAAGGAAGUGGUACUUGUCGCUGAUGUGGCCAGUGACAUUGUGGUCUAUGAUGAUAACUUGGAUCCACGGCCGUACAUUUGUUGUCGACAGGCACCGCUUUGACAAGCUCAGAUUACAGACUUGGGCUAUUCCCAAGUACAGUUUGCAAUACUUUGUGCAAUGGCAAAAUGAAGCUAUCAAUGGUUUGAUUGAGGACGCCAUACUUGAAGCAGAGGAAAAGGGUGUCAAGGUUUUAAGCCUCGGUCUCUUAAAUCAGGGUGAGGAUUUGAAUAGAUACGACGGUCUCUACGUUCAAAGGCAUCCACACCUAAAAAUCCAGCUGGUGGAUGGAAGUAGCUUGGCUGUGGCAGUAAUCCUAAACAGCAUUCCAAAAGAGACAACCCAAGUUGUUCUUAGAGGCAAACUCACAAAGGUUGCUUAUGCCAUUGCCCAUGCUUUGAGCCAGAAGGGUGUCCAGGUAGCUACAUUAUAUAUAUACAUACUUUGGUAUAUUAAAACCACCAAGUAUUAA